AUGAAGAUUGACCCCUCUCCCUCUCCUUGCACUGCCCUUGGCUGCGCUCCCUGCGCGGCGGUCCCCUCCCGAGCACACGGAGCUAUCCGCCGCCGUAUCCUGCGCUCCAGCGCAUCAUCGCGUCGCUCACCGACGGCCAUUCCUCCGCGUCGCCUGCAUUUCUUCAGCCGCGACGGGAAGAUACAGCUCGUCGAGGCUCGCAUCGCAGUCGCCGACAUGCUCCCCGCCGACAAUGUCUCGCAGCCCGCGGGCGAUCCGCCGCACGACGACGAGCCGCAACAUGUCCAAGACGACGCUGUAUCCGACUCCGGCUUCGACAGCGGCAGCUUGCUAGGAGAUGAUACAGACACGCUCGCCUCAUCCAUUAUGCACUACCGAAUGGAAAAUGGCAGGCAGUACCACGCCUACAGAGAUGGCGCAUACUGGGGUCCCAAUGACGAGAUGGCGAAAGAGAUUCUCGAUUUCGCCCAUCACAUGUACCUCCUCACCCUGGACCGCAAGUUGCAUCUCGCUCCCAUCAAGAACCCUCAAAUGAUCCUCGAUGUAGGAACAGGCACCGGUAUCUGGGCCAUCGACAUGGCGGAUCAGUAUCCCGAAGCGAACGUCAUUGGCACAGACCUCUCCCCGAUCCAACCAGAAUGGGUCCCCCCGAAUUGCCGCUUCGAAAUCGACGAUGUGACCCUUGAUUGGACUUUCCCCGAGAACUACUUUGACUUCAUCCACAUCCGCGAGCUCUUCGGCUGUGUACCCGACUGGGACGUCUUCUUCGAACAAGCCUACACACAUACGAAACCGGGUGGCUGGGUCGAGAUCGUCGAGCACUCGGUUCAUCCCAUCUCCGACGACGGCACCAUGGGUCCAGACCACUUCUACAACCUCUGGGGGAGGACAGUCAUCGAGCUGGGCGAGAAGUGGGGCAAAGGCUUCACCAUCUGGGAGGAAAGCGAGGAGCGCAUGCUGAAGGCCGGCUUCGUCGAUGUCGUUCGAGUGGACUACAAGUGGCCCAUGAAUGGCUGGCCCGAGGACAAGAAGCUCAAGAACAUUGGGCGCUGGAACCAACUGCGGCUGCAUGAGGGCAUCGAAGGAUUCAUGAUCCGGUUGCUGACGCAGGUCGGAGGGUGGUCGGUUGCUCGCGCUCAAGUCUUCCUCGCCGAGAUGCGGAAGGAGCUAAAGAACUACAAGACUCAUGCUUAUUUGCCCGUGACUGUGGUCUAUGGCAGGAAGCCGCUGGGUCCUUAGUCGACCUGCUACCGCGUUCUCACGCUUACACUUCCCUUCUCAAGCUAUGGUUUACGGUCGUACAUGUUUUGCUAAUGGCGUCUCCAUGGGACGCAAUCACGGUGCAUAAUCUCCCUUCGACGAUCCUUUGCCGGUUCGGGUUGUGCGUCUCUUAGGAGCAGGGAGCAGGGAGCAGGGAGGAGGGCGCAUGGAGCGGAAUUUGAUACCCUUUCACGAUGUGUAUUAGUUCGGAGCGGGUAAUGACAGCUUUGCAUUCUCCCGUAAUCCGGGCGUGAGAUACGUGAUCAACGAGAGGACCGCUCAGAAGAGCUGUUUCUCCACGUGAGCAAAAUUAAGCCUUACCGGGCGCUAGGCCUUGUGGUAGGACGUCUUGGGAGACAAAAAAAGCUGGGGCGGCUCCUUUUG